AAAUUAUUUAUAAAAGAUGAAAAAAAAAUUGUAAAAAAUGCAUAGACAUAAAUUGAUAUAUGAGGAUGUAUUAAAAUAAGUAGAGAAGGAGGAUGUAUUAUAAUUAGAUAUAUAAAAGGUUGCAUUUUUUAGUAAAUGUACAAAAUUUAGAGAUUAAGCACCUCAUCCAAUAACUUUAAAUAGAGCUCUUCAAUUUUUAUGGUUAAAAGAGUAGGUAUAAUAAAUGAAAUGGAUUAUAUUUUUAGAAAAUUGAUAGGAAGAUAGCAUUACAAUUUGGAUAGAGAAGAGUAUGUAAAAUAGAUUCUACAAUGAAAUAUGAUGGUCCAUCAAGUGCUCGUAUAAUAAGGACAUCAAAGAUUGAUUAAGGGAUGAUAAAUGGUUGGCAUAAUGGUGCUGGAGAUUCUAAAUUUGAUCUAGGUCCUUAAUACAACAUAAAAAAACUAGAGAAAAAUGCAGAGGAAAUAGAAUAUGAAGAAUUAAUCAAGUAAGAUCAAUAGAGUCCAAGUGAAUACAAGGUUAAACUUAAUCAUUAAGAUUUAUAUAAUAAUGAUAUAAGUGAGAAAUAUGCAUUCAGUAAUUUAGAUUCAAAGGAAUUAUUAUAAAAAUUAAACGAACUUAAAUAAAUUAAUAAAUAAAAGACUGAAUAACCUUAAGAGUAUGUAGAAUAUGAAGGAUAAAGAUUUUAUCAUGUAUUGAGUGAAAUAUAAGAUUAUUUAGAUAAAAAAAUUGAUAAUAAAACAUUGAUUUAAGAAAUGAGAGCAUUUUAAACAUUUUAUCCAAUAAAAAGAAAGUUGUAAAUUAAAUAAUUAAAUCCUGGGGAUCCUCUAUCUUAAGUAUCUGAUUAAUAAACAGAUGUUAAUUAGAAGACAAUUUCUACAAGAUUAUUUGAUAGAAAGAGAACUUUUACUAAUAUGAAAUGUGAGUUAUUUAAUACAAAUAAUUAUGUAUUUCAUGUUAGAGAAGUACCUAAUAUAGGAUAAUAAUUAAGGAGAAAUCACUUCUCUUAAUUGAUAGAAGAACUGAAAGAGAAUGGAUUAAAAACACCUAAAGAAAUAAAUGAAGUAACACCUGAACAUUCUAUUAAGCCAUCAUAAAUAGAAUCUAGUGAAAAUGAUACAAAAUAAAUUAGAAAAUUUUAUUUAAAAUUUCCAAAAUAAAAAGGAGAAUCUAGUUAAACUACCUCACAUACGAAAAGUUAAAGAUUUGGUACAUUAUAAUCUUAGAUAUCUAAUCAAUAUCAUUAAUAAGGUAUGAAAGCUUCUAUGAGUAAUAUACAUGGAAGUAGUACUGAAAUAAGAUUAGAGAGUCCUGGAAAAUAUAAGAAUAGAUUAGAUUCUAGAAUUGAUAAAUAUGUAAAAUAGUAUUUAAAGAACUAAAGUGUUAAUUAAUAAAAUUAAAAUGUUGAUAUGACGAUAUUAAGGGAAAAGUUUAGAGUAAUCUUAUAAUUAAUAGUUUUUAGUCUUUGAAAACAAAGAGAGAUAAAGAAAUUACAAGAAUGUAUAAAAGUUAGUAAAUUGAAGGGAUUAAUAAUAAAACUAUCCAUAUAUAGUGA